CCGCGAGGAGACCCGCGGGCUCCGUGGCAGGGCCGGGCCCGGCCGGGGCUCGAAACCUCCUCAGCCCGGAGAGGCGGCGGGGAUCUCAGCGUCCUCGUCCCGGGAGGACCGGGUUCGGCCCGGCGCCCGCCCGGCCAGAAGGAGAAGGGAGGCGGGGAAGGUCUCGGUCCCCGGUGGCCGCGCGGCGCCUUCGGCUGCCCGAGCUCGGCGGACGGCCCUGCGCAGCUCUUCCUUCCCCGGAGGGGGGGGGCUCCCCAGUGCCCGGGAGGCCGGCCUGACUCAAAGACGCCCCCCCCCGAGCGACGGAGGCAGCCGCCCUCCCCGGGUGCCCGCGGGCGGCCCCUUGGCGGGUCGGCGUCUUCCAGCCCGGCGGGCGAGGCUCCUGGGGGUGCCGGUGGAAGGGGGGGGGGUAGAGCCCGGCCCUUUUCUUACUCCGCCGGAGUCGCGGCGGAGGAAUCGGGAGACGAACCGGCAAAACCCCCUCCUCCUCCUCUUCCUCGGUGGUCCAAAUCCUGCCCCGACCCCGGAGAGAGGCUGGAUCCGUGGGGGCCCCCCCGCCGUCCUCCCCUCUCCACCCGUGGCCGAUGGCAGGCCGGAGGGCCGCCUCCCUCUCCCGUGUCUGGGGAAAACGGAGGUUUCUUGGAGCCUGGACCGAGAUGGCCCCUCGCCCAGUUGGAGUGUUGCUGUCUGGGGCCAGGACGGCCCUUGGAGACAGACGCAGAAGCCGCAUCUGAGGCAAAAUGCAGCUGGUCAGACUCCCAUCAGGUCAUAAGACGGGCGGUCCUUGCUUAGCGACCAAGUACCCCAGAAGGUACUUAUGACCCGGUUCUGAAGCUCUGAUGGCAGCACAUGCACCCACUUGUGAUCGCGUGCCUGCAUUUCAGGCAGUUGGCAAGUGGCUUGCUUUGAUGGCCUGUUGCUCAGAGUUCCUCGGUCGCACGAUGUCUUUUUCUGGACCCCAGCUUUUUUUGUGCCCGUAGGAAUGCAGUGACUUGCUUAACAACUGUGGUAUUUGCUUAAUGACCACUGCAACAAAGAUGGUAAAAUCAGGUUGGUUGUGCCUCAGCUUAACAACCUCAUAACGUACGAUGGAAAUUCCAAUAUCUGUUACAGUUGUACAUUGAGGACCCACCUGUAACAUCUAUCUUAACCUAUUUGGGUGAUAAAUCUCGGAGUUAUUGUGUUCUUCCCUCAGGAACCCAGAGAAUUGGCUGUUUAUAAACAAAGACUUAAAUUAUGUUUAAAUUAACAAUCAAAAUAUUUUGGAGCAAUGUUCUUGCAUGAAGAGAUAACAUGGGGUGUGAAUGGCUUCAGUUUAGACGCCCAGCCCAGCUUAGAUGUUCCUGUUUCACAAGGGUUCUGUGUGUCUAUUUUAUUCUUGUUUUACUCUCCCUCUCCUGUCUUGUGAUCCACUUUGCAAGCUCCCUUAGCUUUCUGCCCAGACAGUGGGCAUCCAGGCAGGCAAACCUUUCUGGCGUGGUUUGGUAGAAAGCAAGUCAUGUACAUGUCAUCCCACAGGUUCAGCUAAUCUGCAGAUCUCUCUCUCGUUAGAGGCAUUCAAGCAGCCACAAGCUCUCCUGGUGUCUUAAAGGCUUGGGUUGUGGGUUUCUUUUAGGCCCAUCAGCAGAGCAGAAAAGCUGACCGCUGGCUGGCCGUGGGGAAGUAUGAGGAAGCCGUUUCGUGUCACCGAAAGGCAGCAGUGAAUCAACAGCUACGGUCUUCUCACAAUGUUGCUUGUAAAGGGAUUGCAGAAAGCAGUUUGACUGCCAAGUUGUACUUCAAUUAUAGCUUGAAGAUCCAAGUUUGAAAAUUAAGCGUAUCUUCUGGAAGCUAUGAAGUUGACUCAGUCAGAUCAGGCCCAAUUAUCCCUGGAACUGCAAAGGGAGAGUCACCUGAAACAGAUCCCCCUUAUCCAAGAACAAUGGAAAAGAGCAAAAAGGGACGAAAGAUUAAAAAUCCGCCCUCUUGUGGACAAAGAGAGCACGGCCCAUCUGCAGAGCUCCUCUAAGGCCUCAGCUGGGGAACCUGAUGACCAACACGGAACGCCUGCCAGCCUCAAGUACAGGCCCUCCUCGGAGAAGGAAAGGAAAGGGUUCCGUGGGGUCUUGGACAGGGAUCCAGACACAUUGCUCUUUCUGCUUCAGAAGAGGAAGGAGCCGCCUCUGGAAGUGUGUAUGAACAACAGACCUCCAAAGGAUGACAAGAUGAAAAUGGAGGAGCAGGCCACCAAAAUUGCAGUCCUAGAACAGCACGUGGAGAUGCUGUUUGCUGAAAAUGAGAGACUGAGACGGGAGAACCAGCAGUUAAAAGCUGAGAGAGCCAGGCUGCUGAAGUCUCCCCUGGAAAAGGAGCUGGAUGCAGAUGCUGACUUUGUGGAAAAGUCAGAGCUGUGGGGCCUCCAGCAGCUUUCGGAACCUGCCGCUGCCGCCGCCGCCACCCCCUGGCAGAAAUUGGCUGUCAGUGCUGGGAAGGCCAAGGACAUUCCCAUCCCCAGCCUUCCACCCUUGGACAUUCCCUCCCCGGAGUUCCCUCUGGUGGAGCUCUCGGAGGAUCUCCUGAAGGGGCUCAUGAACAGCUAAAGGAGGAAGACCAUUGGUGGGGAGGUGGGUUCCCCCUGCGCUUUGGGGAAGGGACGCUGCUGAGACAGCCGUAACUGACUUGCUCAGUGAAAAAAAUGCUUGAUGUCAUGAAUUGGUGAAGCAAAGGUGGAACCAUUUACCAUCGUUGGUAAAAGCUGAGCCUUCUUUGUUCUUUCUUCAAGCCAAAGGACUGAAGGAGGGAGACUUGAGCCAAAGGUCCUGCGGGGCGCUCUCUCUCUCUCUCUCUCUCUCUCUCUCUCUCUCUCUCUCUCUCUCUCUCUCUCUCGACUGUUCUUUGGGUGUAACGGAUCACUUUAUGCCAUAAAGUAAGGUAAAUCCCACGUGGCAAUGCAAGACACUUUCUAUCAUGCAUCGGAUUGCUGUUUCUUUUAAUUAUGCACAGAAAGUAGUCAACAAUUCUUGUUUCUCUCCCUUUGCAGGAUGGAUCUGUGUGCCACACUUUGCACUUCUAGUACUGUAAUCUCAGUCAAUCAGAAGUAAAGCUAAAUUUCCAGAUAUUUUUAAGGACCCAAAUUUAAUUCUGCUGAAAUAGUUUGAUUUGUUUACAUAAUCAGGGUGCUUCAUAAUAUGUUUUCUGUAUAUGAAACAAACAUGGUUCUAAACAAAUAGAUAAGAAUAAUUGUUGUUGCAUGACAGGAGGGCAUAGUUGACGAAGAAUAAAACGUUCCAGGUCUAUCUUGAA